CUCCCUCUGCUCUGACUGACUGACGCCUCGCACCCAUCGACGACCCACCAGCUCCUCCCCCCUCUUCCUGCCCCCACCUCGCCGCCGUCUCCCCUUCUAUCUCUUGGUGGCCAUUGCGGCCGCGCGGACUGGUCCACUCUUGGGCGCCCGUCCAUUUGGCGUUUGACCGCUGCGGCGCGCAAGAAGCAGAGGGGGUGCGGAGCGUCGUGAAGGGGAGAGAUCAGUCCCCACGAGCUUUCUUGGAUCGAUUGAUUUCUGGUACUGCUGAGGCUUGCGGCAGCCAUGUCCUUGGAGCUUAUCCUGUGGCUCUUCUCCUUCGCCUCCGUCAUGGUUCUCGUCGGUCUCACCGCAUACCAGCUUAUCUGUUUGUCUGAUUUGGAGUUUGACUAUAUCAACCCAUAUGAUUCGUCAUCUCGCAUCAAUGCAGUGGUCAUUAUAGAAUACUCACUCCAAGGGGCCUUGUGUGCUUCUUUCCUCUUGACACUGCAUUGGUUCCCGUUUCUAGUCAUGGCACCUGUAACAUACUACCAUGUGAAACUGUAUAUGGCUAGGAAACAUCUUGUAGAUGUUACUGAAAUUUUUCGACAACUAAAUGGAGAGAAGAAGUACAGGAUGAUCAAGCUUGCCUUCUACUUCUGCCUAUUUAUUAUAACUAUUUACAGGCUUGUUAUGACAGCUGUGACAUUGUUUAUCGAUGAGGAUACAAAUCUGGUAGAAACUCGGACUAUCUAGACUUUGCCACCAACUUGCCACGGCUGGUCAGACUUGCAAUCUUUGAACAGCAGGCCCAGGAAGAACACUCACGGGAGGAAUCAGAGAGACCAGAAUCGAGUGCAUUGCCCCAGAUUUAUUAGAUCAAUUCGUGCCCUAGCUGGAGGAGCUAGUCUGUUGUCUCAGUAUUCGGUUUUUUUUUUCCAUCAAAAAGAACAGGCAAUUCUGAUGUACUAUGAAUUUUCAGUAGUUUGGGUAUGUCAAGACCAUUUAUGUAAAUUGGCCGGCAAUGAUUCAUCACCACAGGUGAUCGCAUGUUUGGGAGACAAUUGCGCACUUAUUUGUACUUGUAUCAAUGUGCUGUUGUUGUAUUCAUUUCA